AUGGAAGAGAUCCUUACGUUAGUAUUUUAGAAUAUCGAAAUACACCCAUUGAUCAGAUUGGUUCACCAGCGCAAUUACUGAUAGCAGAAGAUUAAGAUCUGUUGUUCCCACAACGAAGUCUCUGUUACAACCUAAAGUCAUUGAUGAAGAUCUAGCGAGUUCGAAGUUAAUAACUAAGAAAACCUUUCAGAAACUGUAUUAUGACCGAGGCUCCAAAGAACUUCCUACAAUAUCACCAGGCGAGCAAGUUCGCAUAAAGCAAGGAAAAAUAUGGAAUCCAGCUGUGGUAACUAGUCAAGCACACACACCAAGGUCAUAUAUCGUGCAAAGUCCAGAUGGAAGCACUUACAGAAGAAACAGGAAACACAUUCUCAAGACGAAAGAAGGAAAUUCACAGUCAUUUGGAAAAGAAGAUUGUGAUGAUCCCAUUAGUCAAAGCAAUGAAGAGAAUGCAGUUGGUACAGAACCAGCAAAUGAUGGUGAUAAUGCAGUAUCUACAGAAGAAACAUCAGAGGAACAAUUACCAGUAACACUUGAUAAACAAUUUAGUGCAUCUCCACUAAAGACUAGAAGUGGAAGAAUAAUUAGGAAACCAAAUAGGUAUAAGGACUAUUAG